AUGUCCUCCCAAACACAACCCCACCCAAACCACCCAACCCAAGACCCCUCAGAAGAAGACCAAACCCGCCGCACCACCGAAGCCAAAACCGCCUUCACCGCAUCCCUCUCCUCCAUCGGCAACAACCACGACGCCCCCCUCCGCGCCCGCGCCUCCCUCCUGCACGCCAACGCCACCGCCCUCUCAAAACAAGAAACCGACGUUGCGCGGGCGACGGAGGAUCUGGGGCGGUCGAAUGGGGAGCUGGAGGGGGCGGCGGAUAAGGCGCGGGAGGGGUUGAAGGAGAUUGGGGACGUGCAGAAUUGGGCGGAGGUUAUUGAGAGGGAGUUGUUGGUGCUGGAGGAGGUUGUUAGGGGGGUUGAGGAAAAGAUUGAGGAACAGGAGGGGGGUGUGGAUGGGGAUGAUAGGGGUGGUGAGCAGAGGGGGGAUGAUGGUGUUGGUAGGAGGGGGGAUGGGAAUGGGAGUGGGAAUGGGGAGGGUAGUGGGUGGUUGAAGUGGUGGUAG